AGACCUCUCUCUCUCUCUCUCUCUCUCUCUCUCUCUCUCUCUCUCUCCCUCUCUCCAUCUCUCUCUCUCAUCAUUUCAAGAGAGAUUUCUCAAACCCACCUUGGGAUCAUCGUUUACUACGACAACACCCAGUUAUUUUGUUUGAGAAAAAACGAUGAUCUAUUCAAUUAAACCGGCUUCAUCUUCCUUCUCCCUCGCCGCCGGCGAUCUCUCGUCGAUUCGGCGUUCGUCUCCGGCGAAGCUCCGGUUCUCUCCCUUACCCAUUAUCAGAAACUGUCAGAAACAGAGCUUCAACAACCACAAUGUCUCAAUCCAGAAGCCUCUCCACGUUUCCUCCGCCGAGAAUCUGUCGAUCUUCCCGGCGACGCAGAAGAGGGAGGUCAAGGUCGAAGCUUACGAGGCCGAGCGGUCGCGUCCGCUCGACAUAAGCAUCGAACUUCCAGACCAACAGGCGGCGCAGAAGCUGAAGAUCGGAAUCUACUUCGCGACCUGGUGGGCUUUGAACGUUGUGUUCAACAUCUACAACAAGAAGGUCCUAAAUGCGUUUCCCUACCCAUGGCUGACAUCGACGUUGUCAUUGGCUUGUGGGUCUUUGAUGAUGUUGGGUUCUUGGGCCACUCGAGUUGCAGACGCUCCCAAGACUGAUUUCGAGUUCUGGAAAACUCUUUUCCCGGUUGCGGUUGCGCAUACGAUCGGACAUGUUGCAGCAACAGUGAGCAUGUCCAAAGUGGCAGUAUCCUUCACCCACAUCAUCAAGAGUGGUGAACCUGCCUUCAGUGUUCUUGUCUCAAGGCUUUUCUUAGGCGAGACUUUCCCGUUACCUGUUUACCUCUCCCUCCUCCCCAUCAUUGGAGGCUGCGCUCUCUCUGCCUUCACCGAGCUUAACUUCAACAUGACUGGGUUUAUGGGAGCGAUGAUAUCUAACUUGGCGUUCGUGUUCAGGAACAUAUUCUCAAAGAAGGGGAUGAGUGGGAAAUCUGUCAGUGGAAUGAACUACUAUGCUUGCUUGUCGAUGUUGUCUCUUUUGAUCCUCACUCCUUUCGCCGUUGCCGUGGAAGGUCCUCAAAUGUGGGCUGCUGGUUGGCAAAAUGCCGUCGCCCAAAUCGGACCAAACUUUGUCUGGUGGGUGGUGGCCCAAAGUGUGUUCUACCACUUGUACAACCAAGUCUCAUACAUGUCCCUCGACCAGAUUUCUCCAUUGACGUUUAGCAUCGGUAACACGAUGAAGCGAAUCUCCGUCAUCGUCUCCUCUAUCAUCAUCUUCCACACUCCAGUUCAACCCGUCAACGCCCUUGGAGCCGCCAUUGCAAUUCUCGGAACUUUCCUCUACUCACAGGCAAAACAGUGAGGUGAAUUUCGGGGUUCUGAUCCUAAUAGGAAGAUGAACAAAACUACCUAACUGAGCAGCCAGUGAGUGAUCAAAGAAGAGCAUGGGAUCUCUCAUAGGAUCCCUUGUUGAGAGUUUACAAGACCAAUAAUGGCUCUUUGCUAAAUCUUGUCCUACUACGUGUAUGUAUAUGAUGACUAACUAUGCUAUAUAUGUGUUCAUAUUUUUCUUUUCCUUCUUUGUUCUUUUACCGUUUUGUUUUGGUGAUGGUAGUGAGUAAGAGUUGUGUUUGAUGCCUAUGCCUAUGUGUAUUGUAGUUUGGUUGCUCUUGCUUACUUGUCUUAUUGCCUUUGAAGAAGACUCAAAUAAACAAAUAGUAUUUGUGAUUUGUA